UGUUUCCAUUUCUCUUUCCUUGUGAACGGAGUCUUAUUAGCUACCUGAGCUUAAUCUGGGGUCAUCAUCCCGCACCUUUCUCGUUCCAACAAGCAUAAACGCGUCAUCAAAGAUCAGCCAUGGCUAAUAGGGCUGAUGCCAACAUCAUCAGAAACUGCAGCGUAUCAGAAUCCAUAUACACCGCCAGCCAUGCGCUCGGCAUCUACUUCCGCAUCGCAAACAUCGCCACCUUGACCAUUCCGAGAGCGAGAUUCAAAAAUGGCUCUGCGUUACACUGGAUACGCACGGCCGUAGCCCAAGUCAUGCUCAAGCAGCCGGCGAUGCGCGUUGGCAUUAUUGGCGAAGACUCAAAACAGCCACAGUUCGUUGCCUUGUCGUCUGUUGACUUUUCUCAACAGGUUGAAGAGGCGGAAGCAGCACCAUCUGUCGAUUCCGUGGCUAGGAACCUAGAAAGGCUGUUGUUGCAGCCAUGGCCUGAUCUUUCGAAGCGCCCAGGCUGGCACGUUCGGGUCUUCCGUGAACCAAACUCGGGAGAUAAGGACGUCUGUCGACUGCGAGUUUGCUUGACCGUCCAUCACGCCAUCUACGACGGGGAAAGCACUGCAAAGUUCCACAUAUCCUUGGCUGACGCUCUCAACAAUCCUGAUCCCGCCGUCACGCUGAUGGUGGACAAAGGUCUCAUCGUGAACUUGACUGACCAUCUCCGCGACUACCCUCACCCACAGGAAGAGCUCAUCGACUUCACUGCAGACAUCUCCUGGAUGGUAUCCCAACUCUGGAAUAUGUAUGCACCGUCAUGCCUCAAACCAUUUGCAUUUCAGAAGUGGGCGGGCAAGCCGUGCAACCCUGACAUUCAAGCCGUCAACAUCCGAUACCUUUCGCUGAGUUCUGUACUCACUCAAGCUGUAGUUAGAAGGUGUCGUGAGGAAAAGACUACAAUGACAAACCUUCUAAAUGCGCUGUGCGCUACGUCGUUGGCGAGACGCGCGCCCCUGACCAAGCAACAGGGCUUUGUCAAUCUCACAGCUAUCAGCCUACGACCGUGGAUUUCCGAAAAAGUGCCCUUCAACAAGACUUACAUGUCCAAGUGCGCAUCAUCACACGCGCAGGAAAUUGGGCCCGACGUCUUGGCUAGGGUUAGACAGGGUGGGGAUGCCAACGUCUGGAAGCUCGCGGUUGAAUUGCGACGGGACAUGAAGAGAAGAACAGACACAAUGCCCCAUAACGAUUUCUCGUAUCUUUUCCGUUAUGUUGGCGAUUGGCGUGAUAUCUUGCAGUCGAGAUACGGAAAGCCGAGGCGGGAGCUAUGGACGUUGAGCAACCUGGGCUCUAAUGCCGUCCCGGCGUCCAAGGGCCCUUGGGAAUUGGAAAAUAUCUUGUUUGCCCAGUUUGCGCCGGUUUUUAGCUCUGCGCUUGCGGUUAAUGCUGCAAGCGUUGAGGGCGGAGAUAUGAUGGUGUCGUUUGUAUGGCAAGAUGGAAUCCUAGACACGGAACUCGUACAGGGGGUGAGAGACGACUUGGAAAUGUGGCUGCAUGGACUUGGCAAGGAGGGCAAGCUAGGAAUUUCGUCGAUCUAGAUCUAGAAUGAACUGAACAGCGAUCUGUGCCUCUGCCUCAGAGAGCUCUCGCGAUUGAGGAUUCUAGUUGCGUCGAUCGUUUGGGGCUCCUUUGGGGAGUGUGGAGGCAAUUCUCAGAUACAGGGCACCACCCUCUGUGAUGACUGGCGAUUUGAGGCCAGGAGGGGCAGAUAUCAGUGAUCGUAUACUUUUCAGAUUUUGCUAUCGUCGCAGCAAGAGACCAAGCCCAUUCAUAUUGGCUUUAUGUCUCAAAAACGGCCAAG